CCGCAAAAAAAGUGUAAAAACAAGAGUUCAGAUGAACAAAUCAAGCAGAAGCAACAAACGUCCAAAAGGGUGAAAACAUCCACAGAGCUUGAUGAUUUAGAAAGAGCUCUUGAUUUGAAAGAACGUGAUCUUGUGUUGAAAGAAAGGGAGGUUAAACUCAAAGCUCUGCAGAAAUUACAAGUAUAG